CACCAGGACUCCAAACAACGAUCUGACAAACAUGAGACGAAAGACAAGGCGUUAAUAUAGGCCAGAUGGAAUAAGCCGCAGCUGCCGCUGAUCAGUAAUCAGCGGCGACGCCCACACAGAACAAUCAGGUGAUACACCCCACAACCUACACACAGACAACCAGGUGAAACUAUGUAUCAAUGAACAGUGACAGAACUCUACAAAGGGGAGGUUGGCUUUCAGCAGCAGUCAUCAUUGUUUGCUUCUUUUCAAAAGAUCUUGGCACAAGAGGGCUGCAGUAAACUUCAGGAAUAUUACAGUGCAGUGUCCUCUGUGCACCAACAGCUCUGUGCAGCCCCUGAUGCAUCUCACUACAUGUAUCUGAAGAGUAACGUGAGCUCCUUGAGGCUGAGGCUGCACUCAGAAAUCCCCACAACAUUAAAAGCUUCUUAUCUGUACCAGUGUCUGCAGUGAUCAAUUUAGGAGACAGUUUGGAAAGCUUGGAAAAGAUACACAAAGUGAUAAUGACUUUUGUGGAAACACCUUCGGAUCAGUUGCCAGGGACAUUUGAUGUGGGCAAAGCAGAGCAUCUGUCCAUCACAUUCAGAUAUCUUCAAGAAAAAGCUAUUUUUGUGAAGUCAUGCAAAGAAAUUAUUAGCAAAGUAUCAUGGUUUGGAAUCGAGCACCUUCUUUAUGAUGCCUCUAAGGUUCUUGUAUGGCAAGACAUGAGUCAUGGUGCACCAAGUGAGGUCCUCAAGACAUAUAAUAAUUCAAACCCGCAGAUUAUUGUUGGGGUGACAGAGUCAGGUGUUACUCUUGUAAACAAAGUGGAACAGCCCCCUCCAUCCAUGGAUGGAGCAGAGACCCCAACAAAACAAACAAGUAAAGCUGUUCAGAAACAAAAAGGUUUGCAGUUAUGGACAUCCUCACAACCCAGUGUUGCAAAGAGUGUAAAGGCUGACAAUGGUGUGGCUUAUAAAAUGGCUAAAAGGAGAGUGGAUCCAGGGCAUUGGGGAAUGGUUGAGAGCACUGCUGCAGACUGGAAUGCCUCUCACUUAGUCCCACCUUCACCUUCGACAUCUCAUGCACACUCUGAAAUAAAUUAUUUUAAUCUGUCUAAUAGACAAGCAACUUUAUCACAUUCUGAUGAGAGGAGAUAUAUAGCAGACAUACAAAGACCUCAACAGCCUUCAGUCUCGGCUCCCCAAGCAACUUUACGAGGAGAUUCUUGUGUUACACAUCUAACAUGUGACAGUGUUAAAUACCAACAAACUAACACUGCACCACAUUCUCCUGUGCUGUCACAAGAUCAAGUAAACCAGUUCAGGCUUUGA